UCGAGAGAGGAUAGUUAUCCGAACAUGUCCGAUAUCCCCCGAAGGGGGCAUUUGGCAUAACGUAUCUGUGCGCGCGCGCGCGUGUGUGUGUGCGUGUAGAUAGCCAGUUACAACGAGAAAUACUUCCCGGUGUUGCUAAAGAGACUCUCGGUUGGUCUCAGCCUCGCAGUGAGGUACCUGCGCGUCGGGGAUGCGGUGAGAGGGCGAGAGCCAGUUACGAGCGGGACAGCUGUGCAGGAAAAGAGCGUUAUUCUGCAGAAGCGAAUCCCGGAACUUGAGACCGUGGGGGGACGAGCUAACGUAAGCUAGCUUUUUGUUGACUGCGCUCGCUGUCAAACCGCCACUUCGCUUUUUAAACGACCGCACUCUGACAACUCAUCACUUUUCGAUUCGUCGUUUUUUGUUUUUUUUAACUCGACAUUUCUUUUUUUUUUGUUUCUUUUUUUCGUUUAAAGUUUCCGUCUCUUUUUAACCACUUGUGGAUCCCGGAAGAUGGCAUCAAGAGGAGGAUUCUCUCCGAUGAAUCUGAACGCGAGCCCCAUGAACGUCGCGGGUAUGAGGAUGCCAGGUGUGCCCCAACAUCCGGCAGGAUACCCCCGCAGCGUGAACACCUCUCCCCAGUACCCACAGCGCCCAGGGAUGCCGUACAACAGAGUGGGGGGCUCCAUGGGGUCAAUGGGGGGUCAGCUUCCUGGUCCCUCUUAUGGCGGUGGGAACAUGCCUAUGCGGCAAGGCAUGGGGCCUCCCAACAUGGACGCCUCGAGGAAACGGUUCCUUCAUCUGCAUCAUCAACAGCAGCAGCAGCAGCAAGAGGCUCUGGGAGGCCUAAGACGAGGAGCAAAAAGGCGGAGGAUGGCUGACAAGGUUCUCCCACAGAGGAUCCGAGACCUGGUCCCAGAGUCACAGGCUUACAUGGAUCUCCUGGCAUUUGAGAGGAAACUGGAUCAGACCAUCGCCCGAAAGCGAAUGGAGAUUCAGGAAGCCAUCAAGAAGCCCAUCAUGCAAAAACGAAAGCUCAGGAUCUACAUCUCUAACACGUACACGCCCAGCAAACCCGAGGGCGAGGAGGCGGAGAAGGUGUCCUCCUGGGAGCUGAGAGUGGAGGGAAAGCUUCUGGAAGAAGCCGGCAAGCAGAAGAGGAAGUUCUCCUCUUUCUUCAAGAGCCUGGUGAUUGAGCUUGAUAAGGAGCUCUAUGGACCGGACAACCACUUAGUAGAGUGGCACAGAAUGCCCACUACUCAGGAGACGGAUGGUUUCCAAGUCAAAAGGCCCGGCGACGUGAAUGUUAAAUGCACCCUCCUGCUCAUGAUCGACCACCAGCCGCCUCAGUACAAACUGGAUCCGCGGUUGGCUCGUCUGCUGGGCGUGCACACACAGACGCGGGCCAACAUCAUGCAAGCCCUUUGGCUCUACAUCAAGAACAACAAGCUGCAGGAUUGUCAUGAGAAGGAGUACAUCAACUGCAACCGCUAUUUCAGACAAGUCUUCAGCUGUUCUCGCAUGAGGUUCUCUGAGAUUCCCAUGAAACUGGCCAGCCUCCUUCAGCACCCUGACCCCAUCAUCAUCAACCACAUGAUUAGUGUGGACCCCACAGACCAGAAGAAGACGGCGUGCUACGACAUCGAUGUGGAGGUGGAUGACUCACUGAAGAGCCAGAUGAACAGCUUCCUGUCCUCUACAACCAACCAGCAGGAGAUCGCUGCUCUGGAGAUGAAGAUUCACGAGACGAUUGAGUACAUCAACCAGCUGAAGACCGAGAGAGACUUUAUGCUGAGCUUCAGCAAUAAACCUCAGGACUUCAUCCAGGACUGGCUCAAGUCUCAGUGCAGAGAUCUGAAGUUGAUGACGGAUGUGAAAGGAAACCCGGAGGAGGAGAGGAGGACUGAGUUCUACGAGGCUCCCUGGGUACCAGAGGCAGUGGGCAGAUAUGUUUACUCCAGAUUGCAGCAGAGAAGACAAGAGUUGGAGCAGGUUUUGGGUAUCCGACUCACCUGAAGAAACAUUCUGCUGCCAGCCUAAUUUGAUUGCUCAAAUGCUAAUGUCUACUCAUUCGGAAGUGUAAUUAGCUCUCGGAAGGAGAUUAGCUAAUGUUAGCGUGUACAUUUUCCUGUCCUUGGUGACUGUGAUAACAGGGAUAAUAUGAUAGACCAGGAUUUAAGUGGGUUACAUAGACGAUAACAAUUCUAAAAUCAACAAAGUAUAUAGGGCUAAAGUGAUGAAUAUAUCCCUAAUGUUUGCAUUGCAUUGUCUAUCACUUGUAGCUUGUUUAGAAAAUUGUUGCUUGGUUUUGUGAUACGUUUUGGUUAUGGUACUAUAUGCUACAUGCUACAUGUAUGUUUGUUAGCAUCGUUGCUGUGUAGGUGGUUUUUACCAUUGUGUGCUUUAUUGAAGUGGGUCUGUGUUUACCUUCACAUUUGCCAGCCAUAACCUUUUAGAAAGGAUCAACUGCAACAUGUAUCCUUACUGAAGUCAUUGUACACAAGAAAAAUAUACAUUUGAUUUUUGAAGAUCUAUGUAGAAAAUAUGCAUUAUAUUCUUUGAAAACAAGACGUAGUAAGUAUUACGACAUCUCACGAUUUAUAGGAAUUAAGGAUAAGCUUUUUAUGCCAAACAUAAUUGUAGGUGCUAUAUAUUUUUUUAUUUUGGUGAAUAUAAAAAUUGAACUGCAACAUUUCUUUACUGUGUAAGAAAGCAGUUUGCUUUCUUGUUGUAAUUCAGCAGCUUUUUCUAGAUGUUUACGUGCUCUUUCCGUUUGUUAUAUUGGGGUUGAGAGGGUUAUUGUUGUAAUAUCAAUAUGAAAUGUGUCAGGCUGUUCAGAUGUAAGGGUUCUUCCAGCACGAUCAAUACUUCCCUGGAAGCGGAAGAGAUCUGAACUUCAUAUGAAUGCAGUUUUAUAGUGUCAACCAAACAAUGCACCACAUUUUUGUGAAAGGUUUAUAUUUUCAUGGGUUGACUAAAUGUAAAUGCUAUUUUUGUUAUGAUUUUGUAUGAGAGGGUUGCCAAUUUUUUUAAUUAACAUUCCCAUUUAAAAUGUAUCGCUGUGCCAACAUUUAUUUUGUGAAGAGGGCACUUAAAAUUGGUGAAAAUGUG